CCUCUCAACAGUACACGUGUCCAUCACAGAAGCCACUAUAUUUUCCAGCGAUUUCCAGAAACCGCUCGACUGCGAGAUUUUUUGACACAGAGCCAGACAGGCAAACACUAAAUGGCUGCGACGGCGGCGGCGGCGGCGUUUAAUGGCAUAACGAAGGGCGGUUCGCGCACGGUACUGAUAACGGGAGUGAGUAAAGGACUCGGCCGAGCCCUAGCUUUGGAGAUGGCCAAGCGCGGCCACACCGUUAUUGGAUGCUCCCGUACGCAGGAGAAACUUAACUCCCUCCAAUCUGAAUUUCCCAACUCAGAUAACCAUCUCUUCCUCAAUGUAGACGUGAGGUCAAAUGGCAGUGUUGAAGAACUAGCACGCAUUGUGGUGGAGAAAAAGGGUGUUCCUGAUAUUAUAGUAAAUAAUGCAGGAACCAUUAAUAAAAAUAACAAGAUAUGGGAGGUUCCCCCAGAAGAGUUUGAUAAUGUUAUUGAUACUAAUGUUAAAGGGGUAGCAAACGUGUUGCGCCACUUUAUCCCAUUGAUGAUCACAAAAAAGCAGGGGAUUAUUGUUAAUAUGUCUUCUGGGUGGGGAAGAUCUGGUGCUGCCCUGGUUGCUCCUUAUUGUGCAUCAAAAUGGGCUAUUGAAGGAUUAUCUAGAUCAGUGGCAAAGGAAUUGCCUGACGGGAUGGCGGUCGUUGCUCUAAAUCCUGGUGUGAUAAACACUGAUAUGCUUGCAUCAUGCUUUGGUUCUUCGGCUGCCUUAUACCAGGCACCUGAUGCAUGGGCUUUGAAGGCAGCUACAAUGAUACUCAAUCUUACUGGUGCAGACAAUGGUGCAUCUCUAACAGUGUGAUAGAAGCACCUAUUGCAAUUUUGAGUUAAGGUUAAUUCUACCUUAAUUCUUCCGCAUAGUUCUUGAGGUUAGUGACUACAUACAAAAAAUCCAUGGAACAGUAGCUAAUAUCGUUAACCUUAAUAAAAUUAGGAUAUUUUAAUUAAAUUCGUUGUUAGAAAAUCAAAGAAAUAAGCUUAGUAAGACAAAAUCAGUGUCCCUUAGGUUGUCAUUGAUGAGAUAUUAAUAGCAGACUAGGACUUAAGAACUAAUUGCAGAUGAGUUUCUGAAUCAGGUUUCUUCUCCUUUUAUUUUA